CCCUGUUGUAUUUCUGGGUUAGAAACCAAAAAAAGCCAUCACCCCCAUUUUGGAUAAGAUCCUGUGCUUGGUUACGUCUCUCAUCCAUGGUGUCGAUGAUGAUAUAGUUUUUAUCUCUGGCCCUCCCUUCCUCCUUAUCCAAUUAGAUGUUUUGAAAACGAUUUUUGAAUUUGUUUGGAGUAUGGAUCUGAAACCACAACUACUAGUUAAGAGAUCAGAGUCGUCGGAGAUUUGUACUUCUACUAUUGGUGCCGCAGCAGCACCGAAACUGAGUUCGCCGAAUUCGGGUUCGGGUUCGGGUAAGCAGAUAAAGAGUUGCUCGGAUUGUCACACAACCAGAACGCCUCUCUGGCGAGGAGGUCCUGCUGGGCCCAAGACGCUAUGCAAUGCUUGUGGGAUCAAAUACAACAAGAAGAGGAGGGAGACGCUUGGUUUGGUGGACAAGAACCGUAUCGAGAAAGCCGCCGCCAAGAGGAAGAGCCGGAAAAUCGCAACCACCGGCGGAGGCGGCGGAGAAAUCGGAGGAAUUGACAAGAUGAACAGCGAAGGAGUAAUGCCGUCGUCCAUAAGGAAGAUGAGAGUGAUGGUGAAGGAGAGAUCGUGGAGGAAGUUGAUGAUGAUGAGUAACAGCAAGUUGAGGGAAGAAGAACAGGCUGCUGUUCUGCUCAUGGCGCUCUCUUGUGGAUCUGUCUAUGCUUAAGAAAACAGUUUUUUGAAGAGGGGGAGAAAAAAAAUAACCCGACCCGAAUCCAUCCGCCAUUGUUGUCGAUUUUGUUGGUUAGUUUAGUUUGUAGGCUAGGAGCAGAUCAAUUAGAGUUUAGUCGCAGCAAAUUGAAACGGAACCCAAAUCUUCAAUCAAAUCUAUCAAACUCCCCUUUGUCUAUUUCCGCCAUUGAUUCAUCAUCAUAAGGAGUAAGGAAAGGGGGGGUUUUUUUUUUCCGGUUUAGAUGUGUAUCUUUUUUCCUGAUUAGGAAGAUUUUGUGUAAUCUUUUGUUGUUUUUGGGCGGUAAGGAAAUGAAUGAAUGGACGCUGACCGUGAUUUGAAGAUUGUUUUUAUUAAUUUUUCGUUCCCAUUUUCAAUCUGUGGAAUUUGUGGGUCGUUUUCACCUAUUUUUCCUCGAAUAGCUGCCAAUUCUAACUGGCAAAAUCCAAGUUCAAAAUUCAAAUUCAGUACUGAAUUGGGCAAAAAGUAGUGGCUAGUGCCAAUAAUAAUGUAAUUAAUUAAUAGCUUAAAAAAUCCGUCCUGUUGUCUGGG